UGGAUCCAGCGGCGUCUUCUGGCGGCCUUGAGGUCGCCACUCUGGCCGCCGUGGCACGCCUGGCGUUGGAUGGGCGGCAUCUUUGCGCCCAUAUGAGCCAGCGACAUUAUGGCCGCAAUAGUCGCGGCCGGGGCCGGGGUCGGGGCCGGAAUUUCGCAGUCCGUGCCCUACCCGAUAAAAAGGGCAGAAACCACGUCCCGGAAAGGUGGAAAGACUAUCUCCCAAUUGGACAACGGAUGCCUGGGACUCGCUUCAUUGCUUUCAAAGUUCCUUUGCAAAAGAAAUUUGAAGCAAAGCUUAUGCCAGAAGAAUGCUUUUCUCCUUUGGAUCUUUUUAAUAAAAUUCAAGAACAAAACGAAGAACUUGGAUUGAUAAUUGAUCUAACAUAUACUCGGCGCUAUUAUAAAGUAGAGGAUUUGCCAGAAACUAUUUCUUACAAAAAAAUUCUUACAGUUGGUCAUCAGGUACCCAGUAAUCACACUAUUUUUAAGUUCAAAUGCGCAGUUAAAGAGUUCUUAAAGAAAAACAGUGACAAUGAUAAACUUAUUGGUGUCCACUGCACCCAUGGCUUAAACAGGACGGGCUACCUCAUUUGCAGGUAUUUGAUUGAUGUAGAAGGCAUGACGCCCGAUGACGCGAUUGGACUAUUCAAUAGGUGCCGAGGGCAUUGCAUAGAAAGGCAGAACUACAUUGAAAACCUGCAGAAUCGUCAUGUCAGAAAGAGCCAGAAUGUUAGUGCAUCUACGUCAGGUGGUCUUGAGGACGAAGCACACCCCAUGGAACAAGCCCGCAUCACUCCCAAGCCUGUGAGCCAAGGACCUAGGAGCAGCUGGCCUGGCGGCUGUGCACCACCUUCCCGGCAUUUUCACACUCAGACGCAGACCGCACAGCACUCAUUCAGAAAAUUUUCACAAAAUCAGAAUGUUUGCCGGAGAGGCUUUAUCCCUCCUCCUGGUCCAGCUGGAGAGGACUAUUCACAAGGAAGAUUCUUCUGGAAUGUGAAGCCAAAUGGCAGCCAAGCAACCCAGAAUAAGAAGUGGACAUCUCCGAGUUACCAGAGACACUUUUACCCAGCCUACGGAGGAUGGGCCCAGUGAGACACCCCUUGGCUGGACUGUUUGAGGGGCCACCUGAGCCAGAGCUGGACAGAAGACAGCUGGACAACUUUUAAUAAAAUCAGGUCAAAUGAAUUUAAAUUUUUUUCAACAUUUUUAAACUUUUUAAAAUCUUUUAUUAUUCCUUCUCAUGUGUUAAGUGUAAAGAUGAAUUGCAUUGCUUUUUACCUGCUUGCUGAUGGAUGGGUAGUGACUGCAGCAAUCCAGAACACCGUUGCAGGCUUCAACUUCUCUCAAGGAAUUUUGCAAGGAUAAACUAUUAUGAACUUGGAAGUUUCUGUAUUGGCUUUUGUUUUCCCUGUCUGUUUCCUUUGCUCACACUUGUAAUU